AUGGCUGCUGCAGUCGCCGUGUAUCGCUUCGUGACAUGGGCCAGUAACGUGAAAGACGUGGCUGUAGACAGGACUUGUAGUGUCUGCAAGGCUGUGUGUUGUUGUAAAUGUUGUUCGGGAGAUGCUGACUCAACUAACGGAGACUGGCUGUACCGCGAACCAACUGGUAUUCAAAUGGUCCCUCCUUACAUUGAUCUGACCGAUCCGACCCUGACGUUUGAAGAGGUAGACGAGAGAGAACCGGGUUCUGAGAAGGAGAAAACUAGCUUCUGUUUCUGCGGAGAGGAUGCCGAGACAAAGGAGCCUGCUGUGGUGACGCUUUCCUCGGUUGAGGUCGUCAUAACAGAUCAACCUCGUGCUUCGAACGGCGACUUCGCUCAAGCUAAGUCAACGGCAGCACUGGACGACAAAGUUCUACCAGUGUCGGUCGUCUCUGCAAAUGAUGAGUCAGCUGCAGCCAAUGCCGUUCCUCCGAAUAAUGAGUCAACGAAUACCGUCCCUCCGAAUGCCGUCCCUCCCAAUGCCGUCCCUCCCAAUGCCGUCCCUCCCAAUGCCGUCCCUCCCAAUGCCGUUCCGUCCAGUGGAUGUGGACCUUCAGAGGCGCCGGACCUGGAGGUUGCUACGUCGUCUGCUAACGACCAUAACGAGCUUCUUAGCUUGCACAAGAAAGAUGUUUCAACUGACAACUCUGUUGUUGAUGAGGACGAUGCUGAUGAUGAGAAAGAUGGCGUCUUCCCGAGCUUCUCUCUCGUCCAGACCAUCAACAACAAGAAAAGCCCCCGUCCACUCAGCCCUGGUCAAAGCGCCGGUCCCUCGCUAUCUGCUCCAGCCCUGCAGCGGACCUUCGGGAUGAAGACCUCGGGCGCAGGUCCACCCGAGCGCCGAGGAGGAGAGGCGGGGUGUGCGCGCGGUGGCACGGGCAUCAACCUGCUGAAGACCGCGAGCCUCAACUCCUUCCUGUCGUCCGUUAGGACCAGCAACACAUCACUGCAUGCCGCGAUGCUCGAUGCUGCUGACUUUGGACUUCAGCAGUUCCUGCCAGCCUACAGACCAGCCGUGCCGCGUCAGGGUAGGAACACUCCCGGACUGAGCAGGUACCAGGUCCUGGUCGGGAAGACUUGGCUCAGCAAGCUGACUGCAACCGGACGCAAGCGCCAUCUAGGGGCCAAGCGACGAAGUGCAAAGAUGAAGGACAGAGAACGCCUGGUUACCCAGACAACGGACGGGAUUCGUGUUGUGAUCGAGUUUGGUGAGAGCACCACCUUGUGA